GAAUCACUACAGAUGACGAGAGGAGCCAUAUCCCUAUCAACCCGGAUUCAAAGAAGCGCAGCGUUUAUAACAAUACUUGAAAUAUUAUUGUGUUUAAAUUAACACAAUAACACUCGUUCAGCAUGACACUAAGAAGUAUUUCUGUACCCCGAUAAGCUGCACGCGCCAGAGGUGUGGUGGUCAGAGAUGGAGCACAUCAAAAUGCCAAAGGUUGAAAAUGUCUGGUUAGUGGAUAGAAGUUCCUCUCGAAGAACUCAAGUGGGCACGCUCUACCUGACAGCCACACACACUAUCUUUGUAGGUAAAGGAUCUGAGAACAGAAAUGAGCUGUGGGUUCUGCACAGUUUAGUGUGUAAUGUUGUAAAGCAUAAAGCAUCUCAGAGUGGAUACCCUUUAUUAAUCCACUGCAAGAACUUUCAGGUCAUACAGUUUAUUAUUCCUCAAGAGAGCGACUGCCAUGAUGUUUACAUUUCACUUUCACGUCUGUCUAGACCAGAAAAAUAUGAAGAGUUGUAUUGCUUUUCCUUCAAUCCUAAUGCUGACAAAGCUGAACGGGAGCAUUCAUGGGACUUUUUAGAUAUGAAGGCUGAAUACAGUCGAAUGGGACUUCCAAAUAAGCAGUGGCAUGUCACCCCCAUCAACCGAGAGUACAGAGUGUGUGAUACUUACCCAUCUGACUUGUUUGUGCCUAAAUCCGUCACCCUCCCUGUCAUCGUAGGGAGCUCUAAGUUUCGUAGCAGAGGUCGAUUUCCCACGUUGUCAUACUACUGCAAGGAAAAUCAUGCCACAAUAUGUCGCAGCAGUCAGCCUCUUUCUGGCUUCAGUGCUCGCUGCCUGGAAGAUGAGCAAAUGCUGCAGGCCAUCAUGAAGUCUAAUCCUGGCAGCAGAUUCAUGUAUGUUGUGGACACCAGACCCAAGCUAAACGCAAUGGCAAACCGAGCUGCGGGCAAAGGCUACGAAAAUGAGGACAACUACUGCAACAUUAAAUUCCAGUUCAUCGGCAUUGAAAACAUCCAUGUGAUGAGGAACAGUCUGCAGAAACUCAUAGAGGUUUCAGCACUGCGUUCUCCCACCAUGAGAGAAUUUCUCUUGGGGCUUGAAAAUUCAGACUGGUUAAGACACAUCAAAUCGAUCAUGGAAGCUGGAAUCUUCAUAUCUAAAGCCGUGGCAGAGGAAGGGGUCAGUGUCCUGGUUCAUUGCUCUGAUGGCUGGGAUAGGACGGCUCAGGUUUGCUCUGUGGCCAGUGUGCUUCUGGACCCCUACUACAGGACUCUCAAGGGACUCAUGGUGCUGAUUGAGAAAGACUGGGUUUCAUUUGGACACAAGUUUUCACACAGAUGCGGUCAUCUAGAUGGAGAAGCCAAGGAAGUGUCACCUGUUAUAGACCAGUUCCUGGAAUGUGUACGGCAGUUUAUGGAUCAGUUUCCCUGUUCUUUUGAGUACAAUGAGAAGUUUCUAAUCAGCAUCCACAACCACGUUUACUCCUGUCACUAUGGCAACUUCAUUUGUAACAGCCAGAAGGAGAGGAGAGAUCUUUGCAUCAAAGAGAAAACCCAUUCCAUAUGGCCUAAUUUAUGGGAGAACAAACUGGACUUCAUGAACCCUCUGUAUAAACCCGAUCAGGGACUUCUAAGGCCCAGUACUGCCCCCUUCUGUUUUAAAUACUGGAGAAGGCUGUAUAAUCGAUUUGAUCGUGAGUUGCACCCACGUCAGUCUGAGCUGGAUUGUUUGAUGACUAUAAAAGAGGAAACACAGCAACUUGAGGAAGAACUGGCUGUCUAUGAGCAGAAACUGGCUGUUCUGGGUAAGGAGCGUGCAAAAACGCUUUACAUGCAGAAGGGUCUGUUGGACGGCAAACAACAGACGCUUUGGUCUUUACCUUUAGAUGCAAGCCUGGUCAAUACUCCUCAGGAUUACAUUGGUGGCUUUAUAGGUGCUGCUCCCAAUGUUUUCACCUUACAACAAGGAGAGAGAGAGAGCGCAGAGCUUAACCUGUUUGGAGACAAACCAAAAUGCUCUGAUGCUGACAAUAGUGACCAGGAGUCAGGAGUGGCGGAUUUCAGCUCCCAUUCUUCUGGUGAAGAGUCCUUGCCAAGUGAGGACAGUGUGAAGGAUCCUGACUCAGAUGAGACUGGCCCCAACAGAGCAUGAACAAAUGCGACAGUUUGCAAAAUGAGAAAGCUGUAGCAUCUAAGUAUGUGAUCAAGAUAAGAGUGUGGGCAUUUCAAAUUAUGCAAAGAUCUUGGACAUUGUGGACAUGUCUCAUGUGUGUGGCACUACAGAAGCAUGUCUUUCUGUCUGAAAGUGUAUUAUGGCUGUACAAUGUAAAGAGUGAUGUUUUAUUCUAGUAUAUAUUUAUAAUUUCUCAUUGGCAUGAAAUCUUUCAAAACAUUAAAUACAUAAACGAUAAAUGAUCUCAUUUUCAU